UUACGAAAUUUCCAGAUUACGUAUAGAGUUAACUCCAAUAUUGGAGUAGUAGUUUAUAGAAUGUAGGACCAAUUCUUUAUUUAAAAAGUUUAUUUACUGUUUUUAGUAGCCACGUUGCAUUGAAAUCUCUUUCGUCAAUGCGAUACGCAAUGCCUGAUGCGUAAAAAAAGAAAAAGAAAAAAGAAAAAUAGGGGUGGUGAGACUAUUAAAGUUCGUCAACAACAAUAAUCAAAAUUAAAUGGUGAUAAUGAAGAUGAGUGUUCACCUCUUUGUGUUCCCCAGCUUAGUGGCUUUCUUCUUCUGUCUCUCUCAAGCAAAAUCAAUUACUUCAACUUCAACAAAACCCCUAAUUUACAUCGAAACCAAUCAGAGCACCGCUGCUGCUGCUAGAAGCUGCUCAUACACAUUGACAAUCAAAACAAGCUGUUCUUCACCUAAAUACACCAGAGACAGAGUCAGUAUUGCUUUUGGAGAUUCUUACGGUUUUGAGGUUCACGCGCCAAAGCUAGAUGAUCCGUCGUCGAAGAUAUUCGAAAGCUGUUCUACUGAUACUUUUCAGAUCCGUGGCCCCUGUAUUUAUGAGAUCUGCUACCUAAAUUUGAAGAGAGUUGGAUCGGACGGCUGGAAACCGGAGAGCGUCAAAGUUUACGGUCCAGAUCGUCCUGCUAUUACCUUUAAGUAUGAUAAGUUUCUUCCUAAUGGAGUUUGGUUUGGAUUUGAUCACUGUAAGAAACGCUCUCUCUAGGAAUAUGUUGUGUAUGAAAUUUGCUUUUUGCAGAUUUAAUCCAUGUAUUUAAAUGUGUUGUUUGGAUACAAUGAACAUUUGGUACGAUAGCGUUAAUGGGAGACGAUGGUGAAUGAAGAGGAUAAAGUGCCCUGUACUAAUAUUUUAAAAAUAACUUUGAGUUGUGAAUUAGUUUCAAUAUAGUAAUUAAAUCUGAAUCAAUAAAUUUAUGUCAUAUUCAGUUAUAAAAAA